GUAGCCAGAUGGGACGUUCCGGAAGUUAAUCAGGCCGGCACCAGCACGUGACCAGGGAGAAGCCAGGUCCUACACGUGCGUCUGUGACGCCAUCUCGGCGCGACCCUUCAUUUCCUUAGAGUUCUCUGGCUGCUCCCCUUGAGCUAUGCCGAAAGUCGUUUCCCGGUCGGUGGUCUGCUCUGACACCCGGGAUCGCGAGGAAUAUGAUGACGGCGAGAAGCCCCUCCAUGUCUACUACUGUUUGUGCGGCCAGAUGGUCCUGGUGCUGGAUUGUCAAUUAGAGAAAUUGCCAAUGAGGCCUCGGGACCGGUCUCGCGUGAUUGAUGCUGCCAAACACGCUCAUAAGUUUUGUAACACCGAAGAUGAGGAGACUACCUAUCUUCGGAGGCCUGAGGGCAUUGAACGUCAAUACAGAAAGAAGUGUGCAAAGUGUGGGCUUCCGCUCUUCUACCAGUCCCAGCCGAAGAAUGCGCCUGUGACGUUCAUCGUGGAUGGAGCAGUAGUGAAAUUUGGUCAAGGCUUUGGGAAAACCAAUAUAUAUACUCAGAAGCAAGAGCCUCCUAAGAAGGUGAUGAUGACCAAACGGACUAAAGACAUGGGCAAGUUCAGCUCUGUUACUGUGUCUACCAUUGAUGAGGAAGAAGAAGAGAUAGAGGCUAGGGAAGUUGCCGACUCCUAUGCACAGAAUGCCAAAGUGAUUGAAAAACAGCUGGAGCGCAAAGGCAUGAGCAAGAGGCGACUGCAAGAGCUGGCUGAAUUGGAAGCCAAGAAAGCAAAAAUGAAAGGGACUCUGAUCGACAACCAGUUCAAAUAAUUCAGAUCUUUCUGAGUUGAGACUGGAGGCCGGCACUUAAAUCAAGACGAAAGAGCUUCUUGAUUUCAUGGUCUCGUUUCUAUGUCCCAGGAAGAAUCUUUCUGACCAUCCCAUUGAGUUUCCUGCAUUGCUGUUCUUGUCUUUCACUAAAAUCCUUGACCCCAUUUCACUUGCUUUCUAGGAGGUAGAUUGUUUUCAAAUCUUUGUAUAAGUAAGUUUUCUGUCUUGUCUUUGAGACAAGUUCCUGGUACACACUGGAGGAUGGCCCUGAACCUAUAAUCCUCCUAUCUUAGCCCUCCAGUGCUGUAACUGCAGGAAUGCACCACUGUGCCUGGCUUCCCUGUCAGUCCUCUUCUGUCAUAUCUUUAGGGCUAGAUAAGUCUCUAGUUUCUAAGGUUGAUGGUUUGGUGGUUUUUUUUUUUUUUCCGAGACAGGGUUUCUCCAUAGCUUUUGGUUCCUGUCCUGGAACUAGCUCUUGUAGACCAGGCUGGUCUUGAACUCACAGAGAUCUGCCUGCCUCUGCCUCCCGAGUGCUGGGAUUAAAGGCGUGUGCCACCACCGCCCGGCAGGUUGAUGGUUUUUUAUUUCUUCUUCAAAGCUAAUAACUGUUUUAAAUUUUUUGAAAAAAAAUGAUGGUAUGAGAGGAAAGUUGGAGGAAUUAAAAUUAAUUCCUUCUAAUUCUUAAAAGGUGGAUCCUUUUAAGAGAUUCUGUCUCUGAUCUUCAAACUGCCCUUAGAAUUAAUUAACUAGGGUUUGAAUGAUUCUCUUGUCGGUAGAAAUAGUUAGAAACCCGAAUCUGCAGAAAUAUUUCUUUACUUAAAAUAGUAGAGUUAUAUGUGAGCCAUGCCAUAUGAAACUACAGAAUUAAAGAAGGAAAAGCCAUGUGGCUGGGGGUGUAGCUCAGUAAUGGAGUACAUGCUAGGCAUGUGUGAGGACAUCCCCAGCACCAAAAACAAAACAAGAGAAAGAGCCAGAUUGCAGACGCAGGGGUAGGUAGCUCAGGUCUGAAUGAAAAUAUGGCCUUGCUAAGUAACCCAAAGGAGCUAGUCAGUCAGCUGGGAGAAUUACUGUGUGAGGACACAGGAGGGGGCGUAGUGAGAGUAGAUUGUCUGUUGGGUGUCUUGUUUUCCAUUUGCUAUUUGCAGAAGCCUGUUUGAAGUGUGUCAUUCCUUCAGUGAUGUCAGUAUCCACGUGGUUCUUCCCAUAUUCCUAUCUGUUUGCCUGUAUUGCAAGGCGUGAGGAAACAUGGAGUGUGUUGCCCUCCUGGUGUUAUCUCUGACCAAUUGCACUUUUAAGACUUGUUUGUGAGGUUCUGCCAGGAAGUCAUUGUCUUUGCCUUUUCUGAUUUCAUUACUUGCAGGGAAAAGUAGGCUAGAGUGGAGGUACAGUUGAGCUAGCAAAAACUGGGCCAAAGAGGAUUGGGACUGCUGGGAAUGCACAGAAUGGUACAUGUUACCACCUUCCCAGUGACUCCGCAGCCAGUGAAUGGGAUCUGCCUUUGGCUAAUUCUUCACCUCCUUUCUUCUCCUAGUUGUGAGACAGAAUUAACAUUGUAUGAAUGACCAACUGUGUCCACCAGACAAUGACCUCUGCCUUUACUCCACUUUAUCCCCAAAUUCCUAUGUGCACAGCUUGGAUAUACUUACACCACCUCAGACAUUCAGGCUUCUAGUCUCUGGCCACGUGCUAGUCUCACAGACUUACUUCCUUGUAGACCUUUUUAGGUGUGUGUUUAGACUUGAGGGGCGCUUAUUUUGUUAGUAAUAAUGAAACCUAAUGGUAAUAGCAGCAUUAAUACUCAUUACUCUCCACUGAGUACUUGGUGUGUGUCAGAUGCUGUGGAAAGCACUUUAGAGGUAUUGGCUCUCUCGAACAAUACCUCCUAUGAUAGUUAACUCUUGUCAUCAACUUUUUCAAAUGAAUACCCCUGAAUCUCAGACUUCAAGUUCCCCAAGAGCCACUGGCCAGGAAUUGGGAAAGCCAAAAAUCUGACUUUAAAACUCAAGCUCUACUAUGCUGAACUGCUUCUCCUGUGGAAUCUUUAUUUAUAUGUAUGUAUAGUUAGAUCAGAACAUAAUCAUUUUGAAAAAUCAAGUGACGUGCAAUGAUUCAGCUAGAGAACCCCCUAAAGCAAUUCUGUGGUUAUACUUCUACGUAUUUUAUGAAAUAUUUGCUGUUAGAUAAAUGCCAAUCAUUUCAACUUCUGGCUCAAGUUACAAAUUUUGCUUCCUCUAUAAGGAUAUGAAACAUUAUGUCAUUAAUAUCAAGUGAGUGUGUACAUUUCAUUUUUCUCUUUUUAUUAAAAAUUAUUGAAACAAUAUGAUGUACUUUCUCUAUUAAUUUUAAUAAAAAGAGCCAUAUUGAAAUUUUGGAAAGUCAUACUCUCUUUUCUUUUUGCAAAUGAUCAACUGUGGCAAAAAUAUGA